ACAAUGGACGACCUUGACAAAACAGCUGAUCGAUCCCAGUUGUCAAAAAGUGUUUUGUUUUCCACAGCAAUGGUUGCCUUAACUCCCUAACCACAAAAACAUAACUCGAAAACAGUGUACAGUGUUUACGAAAAACUCAAAUAACACACAAUUUUCACCUAAUAAAACUUGUGUGAUGUGAUUUCCGAAUUCGUUGCUUCAACAUCCAUCAUGUUCCUGACCUUCAUCACCACUUUUGUGGUAUUCAUGAAGACCACCACUGAUGGUGCAACAACGGAAUUCCCACCGUGGUCAGAAAGAACGUACACCACAACAAAUUCAUCUCAAGCCGAUUGCCCCUUUUUUGGGGCCAUCGAAAACGGAUAUGUCAGAAUAAUCGAUGACGCUGCAAAUAAAGUCGCCGUAAUUAAAUGUAACGAAGGCUACGACCUGGACGGGGCCCCCAACGUGUACUGCAUUGAGGGUAAAUGGGAGGAGUUACCCCGUCCCCAGUGCAGCAAACGCUGCUAUCCGCCCCCUUACAUCAAAAACGGGUCUCUGGAGAUCGAAGGGGAGAAGGACGAGAAGGGGUUGUUUCAUAAAGGUACCUUAGCCACGUAUUCGUGUGGUGACGGCUUUAAUUUGAUGCCAAAAGAAAGCAAGUAUCGGGUGUGUGAGAAAGGGAUUUGGACGGGGGCUUAUGCUAUUUGUGAGUCAGUGCAGAAAAUUACAAAUUGUCCAGCUCCAAAGGACAUAACUAAUGGGUAUUUCGUGCAUGAGAAGACUGGAGAGUUUGAUGGCUACAGAGUCGGGCAGAGGUUGCACUACAGCUGCAAAUCCGGGUAUGUUUUGGUGGGAACGCCUGUGCAGCAGUGUUUGGAGGAUGGCACUUGGUCGCCCAAAAUACCACCGGUCUGUUCACUAGCCAUUGCUGAAGAUCCAUCUGACGCUCCGUGUCCGGCCUCGCCUACGGUCCCUCACAGUUACACAAACCUCGUCCAGGGUUAUCAGUCCGAAAAUCUGGCGAUCUCCGGCACCGUCGUCCAAAUCCACUGCUUCAGCAAGUACAGGAACACGAAAGCUCCAUGUCAGCCCGGAAAAUUACGGUGCAUCGGAGGAAGAUGGGUAGGAAGCACUCCCAUCUGCGUGCCGGCACACGACUGCGAUCCACCUCCGGCGGUCUCCUACGCUGUCAUUUAUAACUUGAAUCCCGAAUUCCACGAUGUAUCUUUCACCAAGUAUCCGAUAAAAUCUCAGAUUUCCUACCAGUGUCUGCCGGGCUACACUCUGCAAGGAAACGAGAUUUUGGCCUGCUCGCCGGGAGGAUGCUGGCUACCGAUGGAGCCGCCCACGUGCUACCACACACCCAGUAAUAAUUACUAUUUGGAGGUGAACAGCAUCAACGCUGUGCUGAUUUCGGGGGCCACGGGGGCCGGAGUUUUGGGAUUGCUGUUGGUGAUUUGCUUGAUUACGACGUGCAGGAGACGCAAAUCGUUGUCGAGGGCUGUGGCCAUCGCGCCGCCGGUACAAAGGGCGGAUUUGAGCGACCACGCUACCCUUUUGCACCAUCCGGAUAGGUUGGCGCUGAUUGCGUUUGCGGAUGGAAUGCAGAAUGAACAGGCGUCGCUGCCCACCUACGACGAGGCGACGCGCGACCGAGCACCGAACCUCACAUCCAACAGGUUGCAUCGCCCCCACUGGCCGAAUUUAGGCGGGCGGAGGUCGCGUAAUCCGGCGAAUCCGGCAGACAUGGUGCAUGUUCCCCGUCACGGCUCUUUCGCUUCGCACACGCCGAGCACCAGGUCGGCCGGAGACUCCAUGGGGUCGACAGACACGGUCGCCGUGUCCGAAGGAUCGACCAACGUCACCUUGGACACCGCUUCUUCGUACAGUGGCUCGCAGCCGGCGUCCUGCAGGGUCCACUGCGGAAGUUUGGCUUCGUUUGACACCAGCUCCGUUGUCAAUACCGAAGGUGUUCCAUUACUCGAAGAAAAUGAAUUGGAAGAAACUCAGGGGGGAGACAAUAUAUCUUUAGUCGUAGACAAUCCCUCAAUUUCCGACAACGCAUCAUUCAAAUUAUCUACUAAUUCAGCUGAUCUGUCUUAAUUUUUACUAGUUCAAGUUGAUUGGAAGCUUUAAACGUGACCUUAAAAUGUUCAUAAACUAGUAUUUAGACACGGUAAAGAGCCAAAUGUUCGAAUGGAUUUAAUAUAUUUUUUAAGGCCAGUGUAUUAUGAAUUGUAGUAAGUUUUAGUUAAUUUUAUAUAUCUUUAGGUACCUGUUUGUUUUUAGUAUUCUUAUUGAAUGUUAUACUGUAUUCCAUCUUCUCUUUCCCUUUUUCUCCCGAACGUUUUAUUUGUAAGAGUCAAAGUUAUUUUCUUACUACUGUGUAUAUAAGAAUGACCAAAGUAAAGUGUAGUGCUAGUGUCAGAUGUUAUGCUUAUAUUUUAGUUGCGAGUUUUAUUUGUCAAAAACGACUCGAAUUAUUUAUUCUGUUUUUAAUACUUACGCUGUAAAAUUCAGGAUUGUUUUCAGAAACCGCCCAUUUGAUUAUGGAUUAAGAAGAGUGUAAGUGUUGUGAUAUUAUUUUUAGUUUUGUUAAAAAGUAGAAACAAAUAAAAUGUUUAUCCUA